AUGGAUAAGUAUGAAGAUCCAAAAAGAGUAUACACACCAAAGGAUAUAGCAUCAGAUAUGAGGAAACAACAUGGUUUAACAAUGACUUACAUGCAAGCUUAUAGAGCCAAGGAAAAGGCAUUAAACAUGUUGCGAGGGGAUCCAACUGAAUCAUACAAUAAGUUACCCAGCUACUUUUACAUCCUGGAAAAGACAUAUCCGGGGUCAGUUGUUAGUUUGGAAAAAACAGCGGAAGACCGUUUCUUGUAUGCAUUUGUAGCAUUGGAACCUUGUAUUAGAGGAUGGGAGUAUUGUAGGCCUAUAGUAGUUGUUGACGGCACCCAUCUAAAAUCAACUUACGAAGGAACUAUGCUAAUAGCAAGCACACUAGAUCCAGGAGGUAGUAUACUGCCACUAGCAUAUGCAAUAGUUGAUUCGGAGAAUGAUGCAUCUUGGACAUGGUUCUUUGAGAGAUUUAGGAUAGCUUUUGGUGAAAGGGAGAAUAUGGGAAAUCAAGAACAAGUCAGGAAACUAUACUUUGCAUUAGCUAAAGCAUACACUCUUCAAGAAUUUAGUGAACUCAUGGGAAGGCUGGACACAAUAGAUAAGAAGUUGGGUGUAUACUUAUUUGAUAGUGGGUAUCAUAAAUGGUCUCGGGUACAUGCAACAGUGAAGAGGACAUGGACGUUGACUUCAAACAUUCUUUGA